UUUUUUUUUUUUUUCUUUGAUCAUUCAAUCUUGAUGAAAUUUUUAGAAGAGAUGUAUAUCGAGUUAACAUAGCUCAUAGUAAUAAUUUUAACUGGAUACAAUGAAUUUUCCAAGAGUUAGUUUAAGAUUAUUGAUCAAAAUAUAGGACUCUGUGCGUCUUCAGUUCAUCCACACUUGUUCUUUCUAAACUUUCAAUAUUAUAUUUUUACAUGGCUAUGACGGAUAUGAAUCACAGAAAAUAUAGUAGAAUAAAUGUUUCUUAGUUUCUCACGAGAAAUGAUCGGGUCUAAAAAGAUUUGAUCCCGAUCAUGACUUUGAUAAACCUAAUCUGACUCCAGCGUCGGUGACUUUAGUUUUUUCUUUGAAUCCCAGUCCUGGUCUAGAGAAAGCUAUUCCAGAAAUUAAUAGUAUUACAUCUUUAAAAAAAUCCUUGAAUAUUCGUUUUGGAUUUAUGCAAUCGACGACUAGGAUUUUUUUCAUUCAUCUCUCUUGAAUUAUGUUUUAAUUGAUAAGACAAUUUAUUUAAAAUAAUAAAAUUUUUAACUAUAAUAUUUAGUUCCAGCUAGGACGACUUUUUUCUUGUAGUCUCAAUGACCAGAACCGGGACUAAAGUUGAUUCCGUACAUUUCUAUUUCUUACUCUUAUCUCUCUAUAUAUGUUUCUUCAAUAGUAAAUAUUCAUUUCCAAUAAAUUUCUCGAAGCAUAUGCUAGUUAACCAUUGUACUUUUCGUAAGCAAUCGAAAGACAUUUUUGAAAUGAAAGUAACAUUUCUCAACUGAUAAGACAACUACCGAAACGAAUAGUCGUCGUUUGAGUUUAUAUUGGAUCCGCAAGGAGGCCUCAAUAAUAUUAGAAUAAUUCUAAAAGGAUUCAUAUCCAUGGACCUUUGAAGCUGAGUUACGAUCAGUUUUUUUAUCCAGCUUUAGCUAUGUACCGAAAAAGACGUCCCUUUGCCGAGAUAUUGAAUUUCCAAAAAAAAAAUGAUUGUUUACCACAAAAAUCGAGUUUACUAGAAAAUUCAAUAAAACGAUUAUAACUCAGCUUCAGAGACUCAUGGACAUAAAGCCUUUUGAAUUUUUCCAGUCCUAGCGAGACCUUAUUAUGAAUCCCAUACGAGUUUUAACGACAGGAAUUAAUUCGGAUAGUUUCUUCGUGAGUUUUGAAUUGUUUAGAAGAGUUUUUCAAACUUCAAAAGUGAUGUUCAAUUGUAAAAAUAAUUGUAUUUCAGAAACUAUUAAGAGCUAACACGUCAAUAUCACAUUGUAUACAGAGGAGACUCAAGAUUACAAGAAUUCAGGAAAAGACGCCUAAGCUAUGAACGUAGUCAUUUAUUGAUUCAAAUUACAAAUUCAUUAUUUUUUUUCUUUGUUCUUUUCGAAAUUCAGGCUUAUCAAAUUGAUAGUGAACAUGGUUUAUCAAAUGAUCCAAUUGGUGCUGAUCGUUAUCGUUUAGAUAUUGAUUUAGGCAAAAUUACAUUUGUUCAUCAUCAUUUAAUGAGUAUGGAAUAUGUAUUAGCAAUGAGAAUGAAACAAAUGUAUGAAUGUUAUACUGUUCGAAGGCAACAACUUAUUGUUCAACAACUUUCUGAGAAAAUUAAAGCUCUUAAAAGUGCUGAAAGUAAUUGUCGAACAUUAUAUGAACAAAAUAAAUAUGCUGAUUCACCAGAACCAAAAGAAUUUUAUGAUCGAUUAGUUAAUUAUCAAAAUGAACUUCGUCAAGCUCGUAAUCAACGUUGUAAUGAAAUGAAACUUGAUCGAGAUUUACUUAAACAUUUAUUAGAUGUUUGGAAAGAAAUAAAAGAUAUUCGUCGUGCGAAUGGUUAUACAACAACAUCUGUUAAACUUAUUAUAAAACAAAUAUCAGGCAAGAAGACAAAACAUUAUGAACAAAUACAACAACAAAUUGAAGAAGAAAUUGAAGAUGAAAUAACUUUAGCUGAUGAACAAUAUCAACGAGAAAAAGAAGCUCAUACAAAAAUAGUUCGAAACAGAAAAUUACAAGAAACACGAAAAAAAGAAGCAAAAAAACGUUUAGAUAAAAAACGAGCUGCAGCAUUAACAUCAGACAAUGUUGACGGUGAUUAUGAUCAAAAUGAUAUAACAAUUAUUAAUGAAGAAGAUAUUUAUGUACCAGAAAAACCAGAACCACGUAAACGAGAUGAAAUUCGAACAACCAUAUUAACGAAAUAUCAAAAUGCUAUUCGACCUCCAGAUGAACCUGAAUUUCUUCUUGAACUUGUUUAUUCCGAACCAAUAUCAACUGAUUCUGAAUGUAGUGCACGUGAACGAGCACGUCGACAUAGUGUUCAAAAUUCAUCAGAUAUUUUUGCUCGUAUUGUGAUUAAUGGUAAAAUAAUGGCUGAUACACCAAAAAUACAAUUGACAAAUGAAUUUGAAGGACAUUUUGGUCGAAUUUUUCCAUGUUAUGUUGUUCGUACACCGGAAAUAAUUAAAAUUGAAUUUUAUGAAGUUUCAACACGUUUUCGUUCAUCAUUAGCUGAAGUUUAUUUAUCUAUACCAGAAUCAACUGUAACAAGUGAAAAUUAUCAAUUACAAUCAAUUGAAUUUAGUUCAAAUGUAUUAAGACAAUUUAAUCCAAAUCAAACAACAGCUGUUGGUGCUGGCAUUCCUUCACCAAUACAAUUUGCUGAUUCUUUAUCUACUUAUCUAAAUAUUGAAGGUGUUUUAAAUGCAGGUGUAGCAUGGGGUGUACAAGAUGAUGUUGUACUUGUACCACCAGAUUAUACAACAUCAAAAGCAUUUCUAAAUCGACAAAUGGGUGGUGGUGUUCAACAAGAUAUAAAUAUGCAAGCAAUUAAUUUAAGUGAUAUGAAAAGUUUAAUUGAAUGGAUAAAACAAUCAAAUCUUGAUCCAUAUGAUCCUGAAAAUGCUUUUCUUAUUAAUCUUAUGAAAGAUUAUAGAAAUUCACGUGGUGAUACAAAAUUGGAAAUGAAUGCUUUACAACAUUUUCGUUUAUCAAUUGAUGAAAAUGAUGAAAUUGAACAAAAUCAACAAAUGAAUAUUGAUAAUUCAUUAAGAUUUAAAUUAUUACAAGCAAGAAAAGAAAAUUUACCAGAAUUUAAAGAUUUUAGAUAUGUACCAACACAUGAUUAUCUUGUAAAAAAAAAAUAUGGCAUUUUUAAAAGAUUUAUGGAUCGUCAAAGAGAAGCUGCUUAUGGUGAUACGUUUGAUCAACAAUUUCAAACAAGACGUCCAACACGUAUUGAUCUAGUACGACGACAAGGCGAAAAACAAUUACGAAAAAUGCGUGAACAAAUAUCAGCUCGUUUUGCACUUACAUCAACUCGGAAAUCUUUUAAUGAAAUGGUUGUUGAAGAGAAUAUACCUGAUAUACAGUAAGAUUAAUAAUAAAAGUAAC